UCCUCCCAGACGCGACAAACCUCCAAGCUCAAUAUCGUCGACGCUCGCGCACCUUUCCUUCACCUUGACCAAGACGCGCCCGAGCCUUCUGCCUGCCAACGCUUGAUCGCGUUGUUGUCUUCGAUUCUUCGCCCUCGCAACACGCUCCUCUCCGCGACUCCCGCGCUACGUCGCCGUGACGCUCCACUCUUGCCGCGACCACACCACGCUGCGCGCCUCACCACACUACAUCACUUGUGACCAACAUUUAUACUCGCGACAAUGUCUACGACGCGUCAAUUUCCCGAGCGCAUGAACCCGCUCCUUGAGCCAACGGACAGCACCGCCAUCGAGAUUCUCAUCGAGAGGCGCCGCCUGGGUCAAACAAACCUUGGUACCAAGACUGGCGUGACUGGUGUGACCAGCGCGACCAAGCCGCAGAACAGUGGCCUGUUUGACUACGCGCAUCUGCGCGUGCCUCUGCCCAAGGACCUCUCUGGCUCUGAGAUUUUCAUGCCCGGCAGCAACGGAUAUCCAGUAUCCUACUUUUUAAUGCGCCGCAGCAGCGAUGGGUACAUCAGCGCAACUGGCAUGUUCAAGGCCGCGUUCCCUUGGGCCACGCUGGCCGAGGAAGAAGCCGAGCGCAAGUACCAGAAGACGUUCCCCUCUGCGGGCCCCGACGAGGUCGCAGGCAGCGUCUGGAUCGCGCCAGAAGAGUCACUUUCACUUGCCGACGAGUACUCGAUGCGCCACUGGGUUCUAGCGCUAUUGGACAAUGAGCCAAUCGAGAAGGGCGCAAAGGACAAGCACAACGUUCACAUCCAAGCACCCCCAAAGUUCGAUCUGAGCAAGGCGCAAAACGUUAAGCUUCCUCCUCACACCGCGUCGCUGCGCACAACCCGCGCCCGAUCUACCAGGAGUGUGUCGCCUAGUAAGAUGGCUACACCGAGCCGCAAGCUCGCCACGCCUCGCAAGUCGCGCGCUACCCGCGGCCGCUCUGAGGCUAUGAAAGCCGAAGAGAUUUUCCAAAGCAUCGCGACUGAGUCGCCGUCGUCAGCGCUGGUCUCCAACGGUGUGAAGCCGUCGGAGUCGCUCGUGGCCGCGAGUGGAGAUGUUCAGGACGCGCAAGACAGCGGUGUCAAGUCCGAGACGGUGCGCAUCGAAGUCAAGGAGACUGUCGAACAGAAGGGAGACUCGGAAGUUACAACGACAAACGUCCAAAUUGACGUGCCUGCAACAUUCCCAGAGCUACGCGAGCCCGAGGACCCGACCAAGAUGAUCGAGGAAGCCAAACGCAUGGUCGAGGAGGCACGAGAGCUGGAUGCUGGCGCUUCGAGCACCCUCACAUCGUCCAAGCGCAAGGUCGAAGAUGUCCUUGACCCGGAGGAGCUCGAAGCCGAGAGACCGGCCAAGCUCACCAAAAAGCUGUACACGACAGAGCAGAAGCUUACAAAGGAGAAGGUUACAAGGAGAGCGCUUGUCGGCCUGACAGUAAUGGCAGCACUUGGCACGGCCAUCCAGUACUUCGCAGUAUAGCUGGGAGGUAGCAUGUUUCCUUAGUUCCUGACGGUCGGCUUUUUGUCUGCAUUACCAGUGUUGGAUUCUGAAUUCAUUCUGUAUUCGUCGAUCACACACGAUCUACUUAUAGCAGAUACCUUACAAUCUUCUGCUCAUUUGGCGUUUGCAUGUCCUUGCGGUUGGACGGUGUACAUUCGUUUGUACAAUGGUUGGGAUGGGGCAACCAUCUCCAAUGAUGAAGUAGAGUAUUUUAAUGAAAUUCCUCGCGCUCGCUGUUUG